AGCAUCACUUUAUGCCACAGAAGUGAAAACAAACUCUUUUAAGUUUCAACGACGAAUACCCCAAAACCAUGAAACUUUUGACGACGAAAAUGUUCUCCCUCCAUUCUACUACAACGAUCAAAUCCAACUCUCCUUCUCUAGCUUCCCCGUUCUUCCCUCUCCAAACUAAAUCCAGCAGGAAUCUCAUUUCUAUGAAUAACAACACAUCACUCUUCGCGAAUUCACUUUCCGCUGCAAAACAACCACAACUAUCCACCGUCUCCGCCUCUAAAUCGGACUAUGAAAUCGCCGAUUCCUCUUUUCAGGCUAGUGAAUCGUUUUUGAGAAGUGUGUUAUCAGGUAUGGAAAGCGUUUAUUUAAAUAGAAAUCCGACGGCGAAAGCUGUGUUAAGGUUGGUGCAGUCAAUUGACGGCGAAAGAAUCUGUUAUGAUCAUCUUGCUUUCAGGACAUUUGGGGUAAAUGGGCAUGGAAUUGACUCGAUGGCAAGUAUAUUCUUGGAUUAUGGAUAUACACAGCAAGAAGAGUUAAAAUUUCCUGCUAAAAAAUUGAAAGCAUUAUGGUUUGCACCACCUAGGAUUUCAUAUUUGGAUUGUGGAGGUGGUGAUGGUGCGGGAAUUAAUGGUCCUUUGCCAAGAAUUUUUAUAUCUGAGCUUCUUGUUGAUCAGAUGAGUCCCCAAGCUCAGGAAAUAAUUAAAAAAUAUACUGAGAUAUCUAGUAGCGGAUACAAACAUGCUGCUCUUGCAAGUGCUUUAGGAUCUUUAACAUGGAAGAAGCCUUUAUAUACAGAGUUUCAGCAAUUGUCCAGGGAGAGUGAAUAUGCUGCCUGGACACUUGUCAAUGGUUAUGCGCUAAACCAUGUUACCAUUUCCACUCAUCGGCUGAAAUCUCACCUGAGAAAAAUCAAUGCCCUCAAUCAGUUCAUUGAAGAGAAUGGGUUCAAAUUAAAUUGUGAAGGCGGUGUUUUGAAAGUGAGCCCUGAUGGCCUUCUGCUGCAAAGUUCAACUGUGGCGGAUUCAAUCACUUUCAAAUUUGCUGAUGGUGUCAAUGAAUCAGUUCCUUGUUCAUACAUUGAGUUCGCAGAACGUCUUGUGUUGCCACAGUUUAAAAAUUUACCAGAGGAAGAGGUUAAGGAGUUCCAUAGGCGAGAUGGGUUUGAGGUCGGGAAUGCUGAUAAGAUCUUUGAGAGCACAUCCAAAGAGCAACUGACAAGGAGAGCUGCAUGAGAUAUAGUUUUACACGUUUGGAGGAAUGAUACUUAGUAGUCAAAAUAUGUUGUCAGCAUCGAGGUUCAAUAACAAGAGUUCUUCAAGACCAAGAUGCUAGCAUAAUUUAAAUGUGCAACAUGUAAAUAAAUGUAAUUUGCUUAAUAAGGCUUAAAUUUAUCCUAGUUAAUGCUGGCUGCAAGUUGCAAUA